AUGAACUCCUUCCCGGCGGACAACUGCUUUGGCAGUUGUGACUUUACUGAAGACAGCUCCCUCUCGUAUACUGGCACCGGACCUGGAUUGGAUCAGACGUUCUUCUACAGAUACCAUGAUCCGGGAUGCCGCAACACCUGCCCGGUCGACGAAUGCUAUUACUGUUCAGGAUACAUGCGAAACCUAUCCCCAACACCGCCGGCCCAAUAUCCUCAACCCAUACCAGUCAUUCAAGAGCGGUCGCCGACACCCGGUAGAACAUAUGCACAGGCUGCAGCGCAAGCGUUGGGGACAUCUCAAGUCACAUCUCCUGCUGCUUUGGCAGCUGCUCGCCAACUACGGCCGCAGCUUCCCCAACAAGCUCGAGUACAGUCUACCGUCCCGCGACCCGCUGCCCCCUCCGCGCCGUCCAGACCCAAUGCUGCACAACUUGCACAACAACGAUCGUAUGCCCAAGCUGCACGACAAGCUCGUAAUAUCCCGCCGACCAGACGUCAAACUCCUAGUGCCUAUGGCGCUCAGGGCAAUGUUCAACAGUCUAGUGCUAUGGCUGCUGCUCAACAGCUGAGGGCAUCGGCUCCAGUCCAAGGACUUUACCAAGGCCAACUCAAUCUAUCUGUCAACUACUCGGGUGGGCAGACGCAUCUAGGCACUCCAAUGUAUCCUGCCGCGCCUCAGCAACAACCAAUGCCUGCCCAGAACAUGCUGCAGAUACCGAUGGGGAACUUCGCAAACAUCCUGCGCCCAGAGUACACAGACAACCCCAGAAAUAUCGACAAUUUGGUGGAAGGUACACAACGAGGCAGUCACCGACAGCCAAUGUCUACACAUUCCAGCGGCAACUCUACCCCGGCGUCACCUGGUGCAAUGUCUGUUCGGUCGGGGUCAUCGCAUCAAAGCCGUCGGACCGGAUCAGCCCUUCGUGACCCGAACCUGCCUCACCACUGUCCUCGCUGCGGAGCGACAUUUGCUAAAUUCGACGAUCUCAGACGCCACGGCACACGAACGCACUCGGAAGUAUGGGAACGCCCUCAUCAUUGUUCUGAGCCGGGUUGUCCGUGGGCGUUUGUGCACCCCAAGGAUCUUCGGCGACACGAGAAGAGCCACCAGGCCAAUGCGACUGUAAACCCAGAGCGAUUCUACUGUCAGUUCGAAGACUGUACGAGGAGCUAUACUAGGUCCGACAACCUUCAACGUCACAUGAACAAAGAUCAUUAUGUGGACUCGGGCCUGGGAUACUCGCCGAGCAUGUCCCGCACUACUUCUCAGUCGUCCUACCAUGCACAGCCUUAUCGGAACUGA